AUUCUGUGAUUCAGACAUUUUCUUUCGAGCAUUUAACCAGUUACACAGGAAGUGACGUCUAGUACUCGUGUGUUUGAGGUGGUGAGCUCUCGUUCAGGGUUCUCUUUUCCUCGCGAAUCGCAGAGGAGCGCACAAGGUUCUAGUAGCCGAUAUGGCAGAGUGGGAGACUGUUCCGGCAGUGGCAGAGACACCAGAGAUCAAAUUGUUUGGGAAAUGGAGUACUGAUGACGUACAGAUUAAUGACAUCUCCUUGCAGGAUUACAUUGCUGUCAAGGAAAAGUAUGCAAAGUACUUGCCCCACAGUGCUGGCCGAUAUGCUGCCAAACGUUUCAGGAAGGCCCAGUGCCCAAUUGUUGAACGUCUGACCAAUUCUAUGAUGAUGCAUGGUCGGAACAAUGGAAAGAAGCUGAUGACUGUCCGUAUUGUGAAGCAUGCCUUUGAAAUCAUCCAUCUACUAACGGGUGAGAAUCCUUUACAGGUUUUGGUCAAUGCUAUAAUUAACAGUGGUCCACGAGAAGAUUCCACUCGUAUUGGCCGAGCUGGUACUGUGAGAAGACAGGCAGUUGAUGUGUCCCCUCUUCGUAGAGUCAAUCAGGCUAUCUGGUUGCUGUGUACUGGUGCUAGAGAGGCUGCUUUCAGAAAUAUCAAGACCAUUGCUGAGUGUUUAGCAGAUGAGCUAAUCAAUGCAGCUAAGGGUUCUUCCAACUCCUAUGCCAUUAAGAAGAAAGAUGAGCUGGAACGUGUGGCAAAGUCCAACCGUUGAAGUGUUUCUUUAAUCCUGUUAUUUUUAAUAAAUCACUGUGUAUUGAA